GCUGUCGCUGAAAUCGCACGUUUUAUACAGAAACAGCUGAUCACAUAUAUGUCAUAUGUAUACCUACUUUAUCGUUUAUGCUAAUAUUAAUAUGUCUAUGUAUAAACGUGCUUGUGGUUUUGUGAUAUUUCGUCAAAUUCAAGAUUCAAUAGAAUAUCUUCUCAUGCAAACGUCUUAUGGAAAUCAUCAUUGGACUCCACCUAAAGGUCACGUUGAUGAUGGAGAAACUGAUUUUGAAACUGCCUUACGUGAAACAGAAGAAGAAGCUGGAUUUGUAGAAAAUGAUUUAAAAAUUUUUCAAGAUGUCAAAGUAGAAUUAAAAUAUAAUGUUAAUGGCAUUCCUAAAACUGUUAUCUAUUGGCUGGCAGAACUCAUAAAUCCUAAUCAAUCUGUUAGAAUGUCUAGCGAACAUCAAGCAUAUAAAUGGUUAAGAUUUCAGGAAGCUUGCAAUCUUGCUGAAUAUACGGAGAUGCAAAAUGCUUUAAAACAAUUUAAGGAAUAUAUAGAUAAAAACGUAAAAAAGAAGUAGAAUGAAGAAUAACUAAUUUUAGUAACAAGAAGCAUUUUCAAAUACAUAUUUCUAUCAAUAAAAAAAUUGAUAUACAAAUACAUAUUUAUUAUCAAUACUGAUUGAAUAUAUAUUUGACAUUUUCUAGAGUCUGAUAUGAAUAUUCUUUAUAAAUUUAUACAUCUUAUGUUAGACUAUUAUUAUAAUAUGCAUACUGUUAUUUUAAAUGGUAAAUAUUAUUAGAUCUAUUAUUAAGAAAAUUUUACAAUUGUAAUAUAUAAGUUAUGCUUAUAUUUUAAUAAAUCAUAACUUUAUUAAUUAUCA